GUCAAAAUCUCGAGUGUCUUGUUUAUCAGUUCGUAGUCGAAAGCGUUCACUGAUAAUCUCGAAAUGUCCAGCUUCGUCAAGCGCCGCGGAGCGGUCACCAUCAAAGGGACACGCGCUUCACUGCACAGCGGACAAGCCAUUCUGUCGUCUGGCAAUCCAUCUUUGGAUCACGUUUUCGGCGGUGGCUUCCCCAUUGGGUCGAUCAUAGCAAUCGAAGAGGACAAAUAUGCGAACUACUCCCGAGUGCUGACCAAAUAUUUCCUAGCCGAGGGGCUCAUCAACAGUCAUUCCACAUUUGUUGCUUCUUUGGAGGAAGAUUCAGUGCAAUUGAUGAAAAAGCUCCCUACCCCUGUGAAGGAAACCGAACCGGAGCGAACCCCCCAAAAUCAAGCCCCGGAAGAGAUGCGUAUCGCUUUCCGGUACAACAAACUCGGCGUAGUUGAUUUGGAGCAAAAGUCCAGCACCCAGUUGGGUCACUUUUUCGAUCUGUCCAAGCAAAUCGACGAAUCGGAACUUACCAAGCACGACAUCACCUACUGGGACGGUACAAAAUGCCCUGAAGCACCUUCCAAAACCUUCACCAACUCCAGCUUUCAAUCGCUGCUGGACGCAAUCCAUCUGAAAGCCAAACAGCCUCAGUUUGAUCAAUCGAACACCGAGAUCAAGGACAAGAACCUUUUGCGAAUCUGCCUCAACUCCAUCGGUUCCCCCCUUUGGUACGAUAAGAACUUCCCCUCGGACCUCGUCAAGUUCCUCACUAUCCUGAAAUCCUUUGUCCGCAACACCCUCUCCUGUUGUCUGAUAACGCUCCCAACGCACCUCUUCCACCACCUGGAAGGGGACAACCACCGUCUGUACGAUCGCCUAAUCGACCAGGUCGACUACUGCAUCGCACUGGAGUCGUUUGCCGGCUCGGACAAGGAAGCCAAUCCGGUGUUCAAGGAGUACCACGGUCUGCUGGACAUUGUUAAGAUCUCCGCCCUUAAUACGUUGGCGGCGUUUGUGCCGGAAACUCGCGAUUUGGCUUUCAAGCUGCGCCGCAGGAAGUUUGUGAUCGAGAAGUUGCACCUGCCACCGGAACUGGGCGACGACAAGGACGAAAGCGGUCAGAAGAAGCCGGCGACGAUGGGGAUGGGAUGUGCGGGGGGAGGUGGGGGAAGUAAGUUGGAUUUUUGAAUGAGUGAAGGAGAGUUGGGUGAAAUUCGUUAAGAAAUAAAUGAUUUUUACGAUAA